AUGACGUCACAUCCGCAACAACCUUUACUCCUGGCGGCUGCUAUGGAGGGCGAAAACUCACAGUUAUUAGAAAAUGCGCACUCAGAGUUCAACAAACGCAACUUUAACCAAGCGGAAGAGCUGUAUACAAAGUUUAUCUCUUCCUGUUUACAGUCCAGGAAAUGUGAAGCUAACAAAUUAGCCACCGCUUAUAACAACCGUGGACAGAUAAAGUACUUCCGGGUGGAUUUUUAUGAAGCUAUGGAGGACUACACCUCUGCUAUAAAGACUGACUGCCAGUUUCCAGUUCCUUUCUACAACAGAGGACUCAUCCGAUAUAGAUUAGGCUUUUUUGAAGAUGCUGAAAGGGACUUCCAGCAAGUGCUCAAGCUCAAUCCAGAUUUUGAAGAUGCAAGAGUGAGCCUGCAGCAGACACUUCUGGACCAACAGAAGAAGAUAAACAGAGGAUACUGAUGAUUUUACUCAAGCAUCUUUGUAUAAACUCUUGAAAACCAGGUUUAUCUGAUGCAUAAUGACUGUCUUUGCAGAUACUGGAGAACAUUUGGACAGACCGUGUAGCUGUUUCAUGCAGAUACACAAUCUGCAGUUCCACAUUGAACAUUUCGAAUGUUUAAAAAAUGAAUUUUUAAUUGAAAAACAAGGUUGUCGUUUUUUCAGACUAUCCUCUUCUGCAUAUACUUAAUUUAUUAUUUAUUUCAUCAACAUUUUUGUUAUGAGGCUUGCUUUCUGUACAUUUUAUUAAAGAAAGACAGACAAAGAUGCCUUUAUUUUGAUACAAAUACACAGCCAGUUCAAACAAUAUAUGAACAGAAACUGUUUUACUAAAAAACUGACCCCCAGUCAGUCACAGGAUAUGUGUGAUCCUAGACUCUAUAGUCCCCUUUUUUACAUAAAUCAUCAGUAUUAAAGGCUCCAAAAUUUGUAUAACUCGGGUAAUAGGAAUCCGGGGUGAUUAUUUUCACUGCUUCUAGUUUCAUGU